GGGCCGGGCAUGGCGCGGGGCGCGGAGCGCGGCACCAUGAGCGCCCUGGGUAGCCCGGUGCGGGCCUACGACUUCUUGCUCAAGUUCCUGCUGGUGGGUGACAGCGACGUGGGCAAGGGCGAGAUCCUGGCGAGCCUGCAGGACGGCGCCGCGGAGUCCCCGUAUGGCCACCCGGCAGGCAUUGACUACAAGACGACCACCAUCCUACUGGACGGCCGGCGUGUGAAGCUACAACUCUGGGACACGUCGGGGCAGGGAAGGUUUUGUACUAUAUUCCGCUCCUACUCACGAGGUGCACAGGGUGUGAUCCUGGUCUAUGACAUCACAAACCGCUGGUCUUUCGAUGGCAUCGACCGCUGGAUUAAGGAGAUCGAUGAGCAUGCCCCAGGCGUUCCCAAAAUCCUGGUGGGGAACCGGCUGCACUUGGCCUUCAAGCGGCAGGUGCCCACGGAGCAGGCCCGCGCCUAUGCUGAGCGCCUGGGUGUGACCUUCUUCGAGGUCAGCCCCCUGUGUGACUUCAACAUCACCGAGUCCUUCAUGGAACUGGCCAGGAUCGUGCUGCUGCGGCACGGGAUGGACCGGCUCUGGAGGCCCAGCAAGGUGCUCAGCCUCCAGGACCUCUGCUGCCGGGCCAUUGUAUCCUGCACACCUGUGCACCUGGUGGACAAGCUCCCGCUCCCUGUCGCCUUAAGAAGCCAUCUCAAGUCCUUCUCGAUGGCCAAUGGCCUCAAUGCCAGGAUGAUGCAUGGCCGCUCGUAUUCACUGACCACCAGCUCCUCGCACCGCAGGAGUCUACGGAAAGCCAAGGCUGGCCAGCCGCCCCAGAGCCCAACCAAACACUGUGCCAGGAACAGCUGCAAGAUUUCCUAA